AUCAAACAUAUUUUAAAUAUCGAGCGUACACAACCGCUAACCUUCAGCUAAACAUUUCAUAUGUGUGUCUAUAUAUUUAGAAGAAUUUGCAGUCGCUUUUCAUUGUUUUUAAUCAUUCGCAUUGCAUUAUUUUAUUUUAUUUUUAAAAAUAUCAUUCACUUUGCCACCUCGGUUUUUCACCCGGAAUCGUUUAGGCUUGCCACCGGACUCAGCGAUGGGAAAGAUGCACGAAGGAGCUGGGAGAGUGUGGAGAGGCUGGCCUUCAAAUACAUGGAGAAAUGCAAAGUGGAAUCCAGCACAGACUCUGACUCUGACACAAGCCCUGAGGGAUGUGCAUCAAGUACAUCUGAAAGUGGAGCCGCUAAGAAGGGGCCUGUGAGCAGAUCCAGUCUUCCGUCCCUGGAUCCCUACGAUGGUUGCUCAGAGGAUUCCUCGGAUCUGUCUGACUGCAGCCUGAGGAGCCGACAGCCCGUCUCCAGCAAUCCCCCCCGCGGUGUCCCUUCCACAGAGCAGGAGUCUUUCCCCAAAGACCCAGGGAAGUGUGGAGCUGCCUGUGUGAAGCUCCACGCAGCCGGCUCUAAAGCCAGCCCUCCCGCCGACGUGCACAUGAGGUCCUCCAGCGAUUCUGAGACCACAGCAUCCAGGAGCCUGAAGAGAGAGCCGUUGUGGCAGAGGGCUGUGGAUUCAGGGAUCCUCACAGAGUCUCCUCUCUCCACUCCGGGACAGUGUGCUUACGUGAGCCGGACUCUGGCCAGGCUGCCCGAGAGCCCCACCUACAGGGCGAGGCACAGCCCCCCCGCCCUGGACACUAUGCCAAAGCGCAAGCUGGGUUUCCCGGGGCCGGACACAGCGGAGCGCGUGCACAAGAAGAAGCAGCGCGUCGUCACACUGGAGGACACAGAAUGAAGACUGGGCUGUCUGGGGGGAGACCUGCUUCGCCUGUUCUGAUCACUGAUGCACUUUUUUUUUUUUGAGGCUGUUUGUUUGUAGGUCUUGAUUGUGUAAAUAUAUAGAGUGAAUUUAAUUUUGAAUUUUGAAAGCAUAAUUUAGGAGAAAAAAACAAACCGAACAAAUUGAAGGGUAAGAUCCCAGUGGUUUUGUUUGUGGAAGACAGCUCUGAAAUUGUGAAUGUAAAUAAAUCUGCAUGUCAAAAAAAAAAAAGUAAAUUAAUUUAUCUUGUCCAAAUGCAGUUUAAUAAACAAAGCACGAA